AUGACUCUGUCAGAUAGCACGCUGAAUGAGCAUUCGGCGCAGCAAGACGGUGGUGCUGUGGCGGCCCUACUUACAGAUGCUGGUUUGCAAGCAGGCCGCAAGGCCAAGCUUGUCCUAUCUAGCAGCAGUUUGACCGGGAACUACGCAAGUGAGCGAGGUGGCGCCAUUGUUGUAUUGUUUGGUGCGACGUUGGAGACGUCAAACCGGGUUACCUUUGAACGAAACAUGGCCACAAAGUAUGGUGGUGCAGUGGCCGUGGUCGGGCAGGACAGCACCUGGUCCGACGUCCAAAGUCGUCUCAAUCAAAACACUGCUCCAGCUGUGUAUGUCUACGACCAGGCGCACGUUGACCUGACUUCCACCUUGGUGGAGUCGAGCUCAUCCAUCGGCUUGGUAGACACCAACAUGGGCUCGAGCAGACCCGGCGCCUUGUUGUGCGCGCACAGCACCAUGCACCGGUCCGCAGACCUGCGCACUGUGGAGAGUUUCGAUGCUUUUGGGGCGCCCACGGACAAUGUGCGCUGCAUUGGAACCAUGGAUGUGGCUGCAAGAAGAGGGACCCGGCCCUCCUGGGCGUUGGGCAGUCGCCUCGCGCUUGCCUGUGCUUGGUGGAUGAUGCUGGUCAUGCACACCCCAACCAACCCUGUUCAGGCCCUCUUGGUUCAGCCCACCAGCACCACGGCCCCGCCCUUUCAGACCAUUGACCUGAACCAACUCAACAUCUCCAAUGCCUCGAGCAUCACCGUAUCGGGCAGAGUUGAAACCAGUCCGCUUCGCAAGGCGACUCACUCCUUUGACUACCCCGCCAUCACGUUUGGUGGCGGCGUUGAUUGGAUUGUGAACAUGAACCCGUACACCAACCAAAUUUUGAUUUGCCCGGGCACGGAUGUGCACGGGUGCAUGAUCUAUGUCAAUGAGAACGACCCCAGUGUCCUCAAUUCGCUCUGGGCCUCACACCCCGAUCCUCAGCUCAAGUAUUAUGGGACCAUUGGGCCCCUCCUGGACGCGCUGCAAAUUGCCGACUCGAAUCCGUACGCCGUACGCGUGCCGCUCGUCUUCUUCUACGAUGAACCCAGCCCCACCGUCCUCCUGCGAGAUCGGCUCAGUGUGCUCAACUUUUUCAAGGGUACCCUCUACGAACUCAUCAUUGGUGGCGACAACAGCGUCCUUCUGCUUAUCAAAUCCAGCCUGCUGGCCUGGGGCAAUGGGGAUGUGAUUUACGCCUCCUAUUACAGCCGCAACAUCUCCAUUCAACUGGCGCGCGACGGGUACCGUUCUCGCUACAAUCUUACCGUGCCCGAGGACGUUUACAACUCAACUUGGGGCGGUGACAUCGGCUUUCACAUUGCUCCCACCCGAUCCCGAAGUGGCGUCUGGAACGUUGUCUAUGCCUCGACCGAUGAAAAACGGGCCUUUGCCAUUGGUACCCUCAUCGUCACCGACAACGUCCUUCGCCCAUAUCAGCUCAAUGUGGGCAUCAACGCCCUGGAGCUCCUAUAUAUUUUGAUACCCGGCUUGCGCGACAACGUUCAAAGUGUGCGCAUGGAUUCCUUUGCCAUCGUGCGAAAUCUGCACGUUCGUCUCAGCGUCUCCAUCCUAACCCUAAGACCCCCACAUUAUCAAAUAGUCCUGGAUCUUGAUCUGAGCCAACCCAUCAUCCCGGCCACCAACAUCACCCAGGGCGUGCUUCGCAUGCAAAUCAUGCUCGACCCAACACCGUAUACCGGGGACUCGUUGAUCUACAGCAACGCCAUGGGUGCGCUUCUUACCCCUGCCAACUCGCCUGAUGCUCCACGUGUGGCCGGGGCAACCACCUUGCCCACGCCGACGACAUCCAGCUCUCUUCUGUUCAACAACGACACGGCCGAUGAUACCAACGGGACCCGUGUCUACUAUCUCAUCACAAACGAUGGCAUUCUCGAGCUGGAAGAAAACAGCAGCAUGCACUGGGAGUACCGACUUGGGCCUCAAGUGGUAUGUGGCCUCGGCUAUCUGAAAUUUGCCACCCGAGUCAAGCAAAUCUUUUGCACUACCUUCACGGCCCUGGUCUCUCCAAGCGAGUAUGUUGCUCGUGUCCCGACUGCUACGCCACUCAGCACGUCCACGAGCACGACGCCCGCGGUGACUGCCAUGGCCUCCACCACUGACGCCCUCGCCGCAAGUAUGCGAGCCACCACCGUGGCCGGUAUCUCCAUUUCUCUCCUCCUUGCCAUCAUCUUUGGCUGCAUUGUCUUCCUGGUUCUGGCCAUUUAUUGCGUCUUUCAAUGCAACGCCCGGACUCGCACCGUCUUUCUGCCCAGUGAGGAACGAGACACGUUGCACCUGGACUUGGAACAAGAGACCUACAAGCUAGCUGACCGAGCCCAGACUUUGCACCCCGAUACCGAUGACGCAGCCAUGCUGCCAUGCUAG